AUGGAACUGUGGAACCAUGGAACUGUGGAACCAUGGAACAAUGGAACCAUGGAACUGUGGAACCAUGGAACUAUGGAACCAUGGAACCAUGGAACUAUGGAACGGUGGAACCAUGGAACUGUGGAACCAUGGAACUGUGGAACCAUGGAACCAUGGAACUGUGGAACCAUGGAACUAUGGAACCAUGGAACGGUGGACGGUGGAACCAUGGAACUGUGGAACGGUGGAACCAUGGAACUGUGGAACCAUGGAACUGUGGAACCAUGGAACCGUGGAACCAUGGAACUGUGGAACCAUGGAACUAUGGAACGGUGGAACGGUGGAACCAUAAAACUGUGGAACCAUGGAACUGUGGAACUGUGGAACCAUGGAACCAUGGAACUAUGGAACAAUGGAACGGUGGAACCAUGGAACUGUGGAACCAUGGAACGGUGGAACCAUGGAACUGUGGAACCAUGGAACUGUGGAACCAUGGAACGGUGGAACCAUGGAACUGUGGAACCAUGGAACUAUGGAACCAUGGAACCAUGGAACCAUGGAACCAUGGAACUAUGGAACGGUGGAACCAUGGAACGGUGGAACCAUGGAACUGUGGAACCAUGGAACUGUGGAACCGUGGAACUAUGGAACCAUGGAACCAUGGAACGGUGGAACGGUGGAACUGUGGAACCGUGGAACUGUGAAACCAUGGAACCGUGGAACCAUGGAACCAUGGAACGGUGGAACCAUGGAACUGUGGAACCAUGA